CUAUCCAUUAUGGGAGUAACUCAAGAAGUAAGGUUAUGAGAGUUCUGCUCACAAUGGUGAAGUAAUUGGUUCUGAGAACCUGACAGAUGUAAAAGAAAAAGUUUGUACUAACGAUGAUGUAAGUCGUGAAAAUGAAAAUCAUUAUGAGCGAGGUGGAGGAAAAGUCUGUGGACAGGUUAACUGAGGCUGAACUUGAAGAGCUGAAGGUGGAACAAGAUAUUAUUAUUCUUGUUAUGAUGAAUCGGUUCAGUGAUGAUAUGCCUACUUCCAGCAAGAUCAAAUUUGACGACAUUAGCGAUGACGAUGACGAGGAAGCAGAAUCGGCUUCUGACGAUGAUGGGAAGAAUGAGGUAUAUGGGGUGUUUGCCAACGUUGCAUUUGAGGAGUUGCAAAAGGCACGUUUAGAUGGGUCACAUGUAAUUAAUCAGAAGCCUAAGUUAGAGAGGAAGGGUAAACGAGAGCACAUAAAUAGGCCAAUGGAGAUCAGCAGCAAAAAGCCCGUUGGUAGAAUUAGAGAAGUCAUUCAGCCUCUUAAAAAGGUUAUCUGUGACCCUCGUUUUGAAUUUUUAUGUGGAGCCCUUGAUGUAGAUGGGUUCAAAAAAAGAUAUAACUUUCUAUACGAGUGUGAGCUUCCUGAUGAGAAAAAGCGAUUGAAGGAACAGAUGGAGAGGACAAAGGACCCAGAAGUCCUUGAUGGGUUGAAAGUCGUUGAUGGGUUCAAAAAGCGAGUUGCAUGGAUUGACAAACAAUUGAAAAUCAGCAUCCAGAAGUGUCCUACAUUGCCUCCCCCUAACAGUCUCACAGCCUCCAUAGAAUUAAUACCAGUAAAUAUCAAUUGACAAC